GCCAACACACGCACAUACACACGCUAGCACACACACACUUGCACACACACGUAUGCCCACACACUCAUGGCUCCUGUUACCUGUAUUCUUCUCCUGCUCCUGCUCCCAGGAGCUCUGGGUGACGUGUCCACAGUGAAGGACCUGGUGGUGCUGGAGGGCCGCUCAGUCACCAUUCCCUGCCACUACGACCCGCAGUACACGCGUCACGUCAAGUACUGGUGCCGGGGGACGCUGAAGGACUUCUGUUCCAGCCUGGCCCGCACGGACAGCCCCCCGGGGGCCAGCGGGAAGGUGGCGAUCACUGACGACCUCGUGCAGAGAGUGUUCACCGUCACCAUGAAGGACCUGCAGGAGGGAGACUCCGGCUGGUACUGGUGCGGGGUGGAGGUCGGAGGGAUAUGGAGAGCCGACGACACGGCGUCCGUGCACAUCACGGUCACACACGGGAUGUCGGUGCUGAACAGCAUGGUGGUGGGUGAGGAAGGGGGCAGCGUCAGCAUCCAGUGUCUCUAUGGCUACAGGCACAGGGACAGCGUGAAGAAGUGGUGCCGCAGCGGGGACUGGGGCUCGUGCGUGUCGACCGAUGCUAACGGCACCCUGGAGGGCGGGCCGGUCCGGAUCCGGGACGACCGCAGGGGGGCGUUCACCGUGACCGUCCUGGCGCUGGAGACGAGUAACGCCGGCUGGUACUGGUGCGCCGCUGGUCAGCAGCAGGUUGCGGUUCACCUGACCGUCACCCCGCGGUCCACAACGCUGCUCAGCACUACCAGUACGCCUUUCAUCUUCACCUUUCACAAAAUACACCAGGAAACACAGUAA